UAAUGCCAUAGGAAGCAAAGUCCGAGUCGCGUCUUAUUUGCAGGAUUUACCUGUUCAGUGCAGUCAGUGCGAUCGUGAGAAUGGCAGGCGGCCCCAAGGUCCGAGGCAAGAAGAAAAACAAGUACAGGAGAAUGCAGCCAGACAAGGGGCAGGAGGAGAAGGCAGAAGAAGGGGGCAGAACCCAGCAGGAGCCCCAGGAACCUGCAGAGCAACGCAGAAGCUCUCAAGGGAAGAAGAAGAAGAGGGGGAAGAAGGAGAGGAGCAGGAAGAAGGUGCACCUGUCCCCCCUGCCUGACAAGUAUGAACCCCUGGAGGAGAAUGUGGAGGAGACUGAGUGCAAGGAGGACAAGAAGUACAAGAGGAAGCAGAAAGUCAAGAAAUACGCGAAGAACGUCGGGAAAGCUGUAAGGACCGGCUGCCGCUUCCUGAUUCUAGGACUGCAGGAACUGGCAAACUCUUACGUUUCUCCAUUCAUGGCUACAUCAGUUGUGCUCUCAACGGUGGCGCGCUAAAUCAGUGCGGAAUAUAGUGUCCCAUAAUUUCACGCAAAAACAUUACUUUGAAAAAAAGGACCAAACAAUGGCGGAAGCCACAUUAUUAAAGGAACAUGGCGGAACUUAAUCACCUCUGCAACACUAAGUGGAGUCCGAGGGGCGAGUUCACUCCUUCACAUGAAGGUCGACAAAAGUUCGUAAAAGAGUCUGGGACUGGAAAUGCUUUUAAAUGAUAAAGAAAUCCUCCAAAAUGUUAAGGAGCCAUAUAAGCUUCUGGGUGACAACCAUCA